AUGACCAGCAACGGACCUGUCAUCGUCUUCGAGUGGCUGAAGACCCUCCAGCUCGCCCAGUACGUCGAAGCUUUCGUGGAUAACGGAUACGACGACCUGGAGGUUUGCAAGCAGAUAGGAGACCCCGACCUGGAUGCCAUCGGCGUCUACAUCCCCCACCACCGGCAGAGGAUCCACGACGCGGUGAGGAGGCUGAAGGAGGACGCCAAAGACACGGCCAGCGCGCUGUACUUCACCCUGGAACCCAUGCCACCCGCGGCCGAGAUCUAUACCAGUCACAUGGUGGACCAGUACGAUUCCAAACUGCGGGGGUCCAAGUCCUGGACCGAGCCCAACAGUGACCGGGUCGCUCGCAGCGGGGGGUACAUGGGCGCGCAGCGGAACCUGACGCUGGGCAACAGGAGGGAGCUGGUGAUUUACCCCAAACUGAAGCUGAAGAUCAUGAUCAGGGAUAAACUCAUCAGAGAUGGCAUCAACCUGGCCAAGCAGCCCUAUUCUAAUAAGGAUGGUUCUCUGGGCAACAUAGAUGACCUUGCACAGGAGUACUCUGAGUACUACAACACCUGCUUCAGUGACGUCAGCGAUCGUGUGGAGGAGCUGCGCAAACGACGAGUUUCCCAAGAGCUCGACAUGGAGAAACAGGACUCCAGCGGCACGUCUCUGCAGCUCCGUAAUGAAAUCCAGGAAUCAUUAGGCUUCAGCAGUGAGGUGUCGACUCCUGAAACAGACAGAAAAAUGUCGCUGCACAAGUCCAGCUCUGAAGAUGGAUCUGCAGGCAAAUGGGACAACAAGAAGAAGAACAAAUCUUUUUGGCAGAACUUCCGCAAGUCUCCGCACAAACCCAGCAUGCGGCAGACGUCCAAAGGAGAGGACAUCGGCUACGUGGCCAGCGAGAUCACCAUGAGCGACGAGGAGCGGAUCCAGCUGAUGAUGAUGGUGAAGGAGAAGAUGAUCACCGUGGAGGAGGCCCUAGCUCGGCUGAAGGAGUAUGAGCACAGCAAACAGUCCUGCAGUGCUGACGCUGCAGAGUGCACUGACGGACCCGCACCCAAUCUAAACCAGUCCUCAAACUGCAACUCUCGUGAACAGUCGGAUGAUGAGCAAUCAGAGGACUCUGUGAAGUUCAAGCGGCUUCACAAGCUGGUGAACUCGACACGCAGGGUCAGGAAAAAACUCAUCAAGGUGGAAGAGGGCAAGAAACAUGGCUCUGAAGAUUUUCUGAAUCUGGACUCACCUCUCACCUGUGAGGACAACACAGCUCUGUACACGGGGGUCCUGAAGAAGCCUCCUCUGCCCCAGGAGGCCUCUCUGCCCUCCCUCACCCAGGACCAGCUGUCUCUGGAUGGCGACACGGACAGUCUGACCACCUCCCCUUCCUCCAGCAGCUUGGACACCUGGUCCGGACACAAGCUGGUCAAAACCUUCAAUAAGUCUUCCAGCAACCACGGUCUCAUCCGGCCCCCCAGGAGGACCCCGGUCGGCUCUGGCGUCCUGGGAGGUUCCAUCUCCGGCGUCGGGGGCAGCGGCUCUUCCUUCUCGGAGCUGGAUGGCUGUGGAUUGGACGACGAGGGGAAACUGUCGCGCUCCACGACCGACGGCGAGAUGCGGAAGGCCCUGAGCUCCAUCUCCCACGGGGUAAGUAACAACGAGGCCCUCUAUGCCUACUAUGGGCUCACCAAGCCCCGCCCCAAACCCCACUCCCAGUCCCGCCUCCUGAUCUCCCUGGACGACGGCACAAAGGGCAGCCCCAAACACCAGACUGCCAACCGGCACCACGGCAGCUGGACGCACCGGAAACCCGACCCCAACUACGCCUACUCCACCAAGCACCUGCUCUACCAGCGCUCGCGCAAUCCCAAGACCCCCGUCUCCCCCCUGUCUGUCACCCCCUCCUCCCCGGCCCGCUGUGACGUAGCCAAAUCAAAGGGUUUUGGAAGCGGGGGAGGGGGCUGGGUGUUCCCCUCCCGCCGGCUGCGCGGGCGCACAGCGGUCAGUGAGCUGAACAUCACCUAUGUGGUGGAGCGGAGCCUGUACGGUCACCUCAACUGGGCCCAGCUGGUCCGCCCGGUCACCCUGAGCCGCGCCGAGCGCUGCUGCCUAUUGGAGGAGGACCGCGAGGCGGACAGGAAGUGGGCGGCCAGCGUGGACCGCUGCACCAAGCGGGUGCUCUUGCGCAUCCAGCAGAAGUCUAGAACGUGCAGCUUCGGAGGCUUCGACCUGACCAACCGCUCGCUCCACGUGCUCAACGCCAGCUCAGAGGCCAACAAUAAAGAACAAGAAGCUAUAUACAGAGAGGUGGUCAAAUCCCCCACGACGUCCCGGAUCUCGCUGGGCAAGAAGGUGAAGUCGGUGAAGGAGACGAUGAGGAAACGCAUGUCGAAGAAGUACAGCAGCUCCUUGUCCGAGCAGUCCAGUCUGGACGGAGCCCCCGGUUCCCCUCAGUCCUCCCAGCCCGACACCGACUCUCUGGAGAAGCCGAAGCUGAAGGCCGGCGGCUCGGUGGAAAGUCUGCGCAGUUCCCUCAGCGGACAGAGCUCAAUGAGUGGUCAGACGGUGAGCACCACCGACUCAUCGGCCAGCAACAGAGAGAGCGUGAAGUCGGAAGAUGGCGACGACGAGGAGCCGCCGUACAGGGGACCGUUCUGUGGUCGCGCCCGGGUCCACACCGACUUCACCCCCAGCCCCUAUGACUCCGACUCCCUCAAGCUGAAGCGCGGCGACGUGAUCGACAUCAUCAGCAAGCCGCCCAUGGGAACGUGGAUGGGCCUGCUCAACAACAAGGUGGGCACCUUCAAGUUCAUCUACGUGGACGUGCUGAGCGAAGAGGAGGAGAAGCCCAAGAGGCCCGUGAGGAGGAGGAGGAAGGGCCGACCACCCAAACCCACCUCGGUGGAGGACCUGCUGGAGCGCAUCAACCUCAAGGAGCACAUGCCCACGUUCCUGUUCAACGGCUACGAGGACCUGGACACGUUCAAGCUGCUGGAGGAGGAGGACCUGGACGAGCUGAACAUUAAAGACCCUCAGCACAGAGCCGUACUACUCACUGCUGUAGAACUGCUGCAGGAGUACGACAGCAGCAGUGACCCGGAGCGCAGCGGCCUGUCGGGCUCCCAGGAGAAGCUGCUCUCCGAGGGACUGGGUCUGGUGGGAGACUCCCCUCGGGACUCCGGCUGCUACGAGAGCAACGAGAACCUGGAGAAUGGUAAGAGCAGGAAAACGUCCCGUUCCAGUCGUUCCUCGGGGGGUCUCCAGUCUCCGGACUACCCCACCCUGCCCAUGACCCUUUCAACUGAGGCUCUGCAGCAGAACGGCAAGAACCAGCGCACUAAGUUCUCAAAGAGCUUCUUCAUCAAACCCUCCCUCAAGGGCUUCAACCUGCUGGGGCUGCGCAAAGCCCCCCGGCGGUCCCCGAUCCCAUCAAGCCGCAGCUGCGAGGACCUGGACGGACCCCCGCAGCCCGCUGGACCCUGGAAACGCUCCCACUCUCUGGGAGACCUGCACUGGGAGCAGACUUAUGAGCAGAAGAAGGAUCUGGGCGUGGAGGUUAAACCUUCCGUGGAAAGGCCCAAAUCAGACAGCAGUAGCUCAACCAAGGUGUUCAGAGGGGAGGGGUCCCCAGCUCUGAAUGGGACCCCACCAGUGAGCCCUAAAGGAAGGGCUGAGAGACCACCCAUACCCUCCCAGCUGCCUCUCCGGCCCCCUUGCCCCACAACCCAGUCCCCUACUCACCCAGAGCCCUUCUCCAGUCCUACUCCAAGUCCCCCAUACUCCAGUGGGGAGCGGGUGAUCCGGACUCACCCCAAAAAGCCCCCCGUCCCACCCCCCGUUCCCGCCAAAAAGUCCAGGGAAAGACUCGCCAAUGGCCUCCGUCACGCCCCUCUCUCCCUGCCCUCCUCUCCGUCCCCCACUCCCUCCCCGACCCACUCCCUCACCCGCUCCCACCCGAGCAGCCCCCAGAUCCGAAGUAGCAGCAGCAGCAGCAGCAGCAGCCCCUGCCCCCCCGCUCUGCCCGCCAAGUGCCCGAGCACCCCCGCCAGCCCCUGCGCCACCUCGUCGGCCUCGUCGUUCGGCGAGGAGUCGGGCACCCCCCCGGCGGUCCAGCCUCCGUGGCUCUCGGACCUCGGGGGCAAAGUGGCUGUUUCCAGAAAACUCUCCCAUAACAAAAUGAGCUGUGACCUGUUCACCGUGCUGGAGCAGCGGCUGGAGGCCGAGGGAAUCGACCUGACGGAGGAACCCUACUCUGACAAGCAUGGCCGCUGUGGGAUCCCCCAGCCGCUGGUGCAGCGUUACUCUGAAGACCUGGAGCAGCCCGUGAAGGACGUGGCCUCCACCAUGGACCAGCUCCGAGUCAAAGAGCUGCGGAAACAGCACCGCAUGGCUAUCCCGUCUGGAGGUCUGACCGAGAUGUGCCGAAAGCCCCUCCCCUCGGGUAACAUCAGCACAGUCCCCGAUUGGCUCGUCUCCAUCGGCCUGCCCAUGUACGCCGCCUCCCUGGCGGCGGCGGGAAUCGACUCGCUGGGUCGCGUGGCCUCGUUAACGGAGAGCGGCGUGUGGGAGGCUGGCGUCCGGGACCAGAGACACGUCCGCCGGCUGGUCAGCGAGGCGAGAUCGGUCGGCGUGCCCAGAGAGGUGAAGUCCUAACCACGUGGGCGGAGUCCGGGUUGGAUAACAGGUGUCGACUCACUGGUCAGUACCGCCUCAUUUAAAGAUGGCGGCUGAAGGCAAAUUGGCCUCGGGACUGAACUAAACACCCAGGCGACUACAGGACUUCCUGUCUCCUGUCUGAAGACUCAAAGUGGGCCGUCGUGCUCUCUGAUGAUUUUUGUCCCCAUCACUCUUAACUUUUGAAAUGUUUACGCCACUGAGGAAUUUUCCCUCAACAGCUCAGACAAGCUAUCAGAGGCCUUUUUGAAGAUUAGACUGUAGACUGUGGGAUGGCUUCCACUCUGCAGACGCCCUCAAAGUCUUAAAAUAAAAGACUUGGAUCUGCCUUUAAGGAGGAUAGCACACUCUUUUGUAGGAUGGAUGAUUUCUUUCCUUUUUUUCUAAAUACAGAGAGACGGUUUAGCUCCUGCCUAUUUCAUAAGUGCUUCAUUUUCAACUCUUCUCGUGGCAAAGCAGCAUUAUCCGAAGGGGUUUCCUAAAGACGACGCCAGAACUCACCCUGGACUUCUAAUCCACUGAAGACAAACAAAGGAGGAAGAGGUGGUUUUGAGAUGGCCUAUUUUGUAUUAUGUCUCUGUAUUAUAGCGAUGAAUAUCUUCAUUUAAAAAAACGAUUUCUAUGUUAAAAGAACAUUUGUGUUUGCCUUUUGAACGUUGCAGCUCUCAGUCAUUUCUAAGCUGAAACAGCACCCUUCUCUUUCACAUUAUAUCCACGUUUUCCUGCAUAUCUCGGGUGCACCUCCAGUUUGAACACGAGCACAAACAGAAAGCUGUGUUUCUCGCCCCGGGUUUUUCUCCGCAAUCAACAAAUACUACCCCUGCGUAUCCGUGGAUGUUUUUUAAGUUGCCUUAGCAAUAUGAACGAAUGCCUGGAAGAUAUGGAACAUACAGUAGAGUUGACGUUACUUUGACCGAGACUGAACUGCGCUGAAUGUGUCCGAGUCUGAGGAGUAAACGAGGCGCGGAUUUUGUCAACGCACGCCAGAUAAAUCGCGAAGCUCAGACGAUGAAUCACAAAACUUUCGGGGAGGACGCGACAAAAGUCCUCACUGCUCGAGCACAUGUUCACGGGGAGGGAGGAGAGAGUCAAAAUGUUCCAGCUGAUAACUGGAUUUGGGGAAUUUUUACAGACUCUCUACACAUGAAAAAUUAGCUUCACAGCUGGAUAAUAAGCUGUUUUGGGACUUUUUCUUUUUUUAACACAUUAUACUGUAGCUGUAAUUGUUGCCAGUGGGAAACUCUUCAUUGGGAGCUGCGGGUGGAAGGUGGGAGCAGUCGUAUCAGGUGACCUCCGAGGUCUGCACACGGUUUCACACUCUAUGGUCUUGAGGAAUCAGGGAAACACAGACUGUACAGGGAAACACUGAGUCAGGUCGGUCUGUUGCAGAAACAACUACUUUGGGCCAAAAAUCUAAAAACUGAAAACAACCAGAAUCUCUUUCAUUUGCACACAAUUGAUCUAACAAAUAAUCUUUCUUUGUGUAGUUUUUUUCCCCUCCCAGUGAAGUUCGAUCUUUCACAACCAGAAACUGAACUGGUUAUUCCACGGAUUUCAUAUUUUAAAAAAGAAAUUGACCAAGUGUUAUUGUUAAUGUUGUUUUUUUUGCAGUGGGCACUUGAUAGAUAGAUGUUUGAUGCCUUUUUCUUCU